GACACUUUACUUCGAAAAGCAUUCUGGGAUUGGAUGCCGGUGGAAAGGUUCUCGAAAGAACUGCAAAGAUGAUGCCCACACCGGUUAUCCUGCUGAAGGAGGGGACUGACACGUCUCAAGGCAUUCCUCAGCUCAUCAGUAACAUCAAUGCCUGCCAGGUGAUUGCUGAGGCUGUCAGGACCACCCUGGGGCCCAGGGGUAUGGACAAACUGAUGGUGGAUGGCAGAGGCAAGGCCACAAUCUCCAAUGAUGGAGCCACCAUCCUAAAGCUGCUUGAUGUGGUUCAUCCGGCAGCCAAGACCCUUGUGGACAUUGCUCGCUCCCAGGAUGCAGAGGUUGGGGAUGGUACCACCUCUGUCACUCUCCUGGCUGCUGAGUUCCUGAAGCAGCUAAAGCCGUACGUGGAGGAGGGUCUCCACCCUCAAACCAUCAUCAGAGCUUUCCGCACCGCCACCAACCUUGCUGUCAGCAAGAUCAAGGAGAUUGCUGUUUCUGUGAAGAAAGAUGACAAGCAAGAGCAGAGGCAGCUUUUGGAGAAGUGUGCAGCCACAGCCCUAAACUCCAAGCUGAUUGCUGGUCAGAAGGGAUUCUUCUCCAAAAUGGUGGUGGACGCCGUCAUGCUCCUGGAUGAGCUGCUUUCCCUGAAGAUGAUAGGAAUCAAGAAGGUCCAGGGAGGGGCUCUUGAGGACUCCCAGUUGAUCUCUGGGGUUGCAUUUAAGAAGACCUUCUCCUAUGCUGGGUUUGAGAUGCAGCCUAAGCGCUAUGAGAACCCAAAGAUUGCCCUGCUCAAUGUGGAGCUGGAGCUUAAGGCCGAGAAAGAUAAUGCUGAAGUCCGGGUGAAAUCUGUGGAGGACUAUCAGGCUAUUGUGGACGCAGAGUGGAACAUCCUGUAUGACAAACUGGAGAAGAUCUAUCAGUCAGGAGCUAAGGUGGUGUUGUCCAAGUUGCCCAUCGGCGAUGUGGCCACCCAGUACUUUGCAGACCGAGACCUGUUCUGUGCUGGCAGGGUUCAGGAGGAGGAUCUGAAGAGGACCAUGAUGGCCUGCGGUGGCUCCAUCCAGACCUCAGUAGGAGCCAUGACAGAUGAUGUCCUGGGACAGUGUGAACUCUUUGAAGAGGUUCAGGUUGGAGGAGAAAGGUAUAACUUCUUCAAGGGCUGUCCGAAGGCAAAGACAUGCACCAUUAUCCUGAGGGGUGGAGCCGAGCAGUUCACAGAGGAGACAGAGCGAUCACUGCACGACGCCAUUAUGAUCGUACGCAGGGCCAUCAAGAAUGACUCUAUUGUAGCGGGUGGAGGAGCCAUUGAGAUGGAGCUAUCUAAGUACCUCCGUGAUUACUCCAGGACCAUCCCUGGAAAGCAGCAGCUGUUGAUUGGAGCGUAUGCUAAGGCCCUGGAGGUCAUCCCCAGACAGCUGUGUGACAAUGCCGGCUUUGAUGCCACCAACAUUCUCAACAAACUGCGUGCCAAACAUGCACAGGGUGGUAUGUGGUACGGAGUCGAUAUCAACAACGAAGAUAUUGCAGAUAACUUUGCUAACUGUGUCUGGGAGCCAUCCAUCGUGAGGAUAAACGCUCUAACUGCAGCCUCAGAGGCAGCUUGCCUCAUCCUUUCUGUGGAUGAGACUAUCAAGAACCCCCGCAGCUCUAUGGAUGGACCUCCAGGUGGCGCCGGCAGGGGCCGAGGCAGAGGAAGACCCCAUGCUCACUAAGAGGAAGCAAAAACAAAACCCCAUUUUAAACUGGUUUUAAAAUCUAAAUGCAGUCAGAGGAUUGUGUCUAGUCCAGUUACUGAAACAUGCUUAUUAAAUUAGGAAGCAUUAUUCUGUAUGUUUGACCUGCAUUUGGAUUUGAAUUCUGGAUAAACUGAGGUGUUGUUUGCAGACGGUGCAAAUGGCAGGUGUGAAAUAAACUAAAGGGGGAAAAGGAGUUCAUCUUGUUAUACUGAGAAUGAUUCUUUUGACUUGGCUUAGAUAUUUUGUGUUGACUAGUCAUCACUUAGUUUUUGUACUGAAGCAAUUACUUAGUUACACCUGUUAAACAUUGCAAGCACUGCAGCUUUCCUUUGUAGCCAUUUUACUGAGGAAUGAUGUUGAAAUACUUGAGGUGCCCCCCCCCCUUGAGUUUUGAAACCAACACACUCCUGUCCCCUAAAAACAGUUCUUUCUGCUGACCUAAAGAAGCCAUGCCACAACAUCUAAACCGGUUUAGUGAUAUGUUGCUAAUUGAUGUGUAGCAUGGAGAGUGAAGCACUGAUGGGAUUUUGAGCAGUUCUGAUCCAUUCACUUGUUACGCUGUGUGAAACUAUUUAUUGGACCAUUCUUAUCAAUAAAUUCACAGCUGAAAUUAC